GCAGGAUGCCCGAGGGCCCCGAGUUGCACCUGGCCAGCCUCUUCGUGAACCAGGCGUGCCGCGGGCUGGUGUUCGGUGGGCGCGUGGAGAAGUCGCCCGUCAGCCGAAACCCCGAGGUGCCCUUUGAGAGCAGCGCCUACCGCAUCUCGGCCGCUGCCCGCGGCAAGGAGCUGCGCCUGACCCUGAGGCCCCUGCCCGGGGCCCAGCCUGCUCGCGAGCCGCUGCACCUGGUCUUCCGCUUCGGCAUGUCCGGCUCCUUCCAGCUGGUGCCCAGCGACGCGCUGCCCCGCCACGCCCACCUGCGCUUUUACACGGCUCCCCCGGAGUCCCCGCAGGCCCUCUGUUUCGUGGACAUCCGCCGCUUUGGCCGCUGGGACCUCAGCGGCCAGUGGCAACCGGGCCGUGGGCCUUGUGUCUUGGCGGAAUAUGAGCAGUUCAGAGAGAACGUGUUACGAAACCUGGCGGACAAGGCCUUUGACCGGCCCAUCUGUGAGGCCCUCUUGGACCAGCGGUUCUUCAAUGGCAUUGGCAACUAUCUGAGGGCAGAGAUCCUGUACCGGUCAGUAGGCAGGCGUGGACACCAGGGCUGGGGUGGGCGGUGUGUAUCCCACGAUCCCCUGCUGAACACAGCCUCCUCUCUCCUGCCCCGCUGCAGGCUGAGAAUACCCCCUUUUGAGAAGGCUCGCACAGUCCUGGAGGCACUGCAGCAGCGCAGGCCGAGCCCAGAACUGACCCUGAGUCAGAAGAUCAAGGCCAAGAUACAGAACCCAGAUCUGCUGGAGCUGUGUCACUCAGUGCCCAAGGAGGUGGUGGCGCUGGGGGGCAAAGGCUAUGGGCAGGAGCUCGGGGAGGACGACUUUGCUCCCUUCCGAGCCUGGCUACGCUGCUAUGGUCUGUCAGGCAUGAGCUUCUUGAGGGACCGGCACAAGCGUACCAUCUGGUUCCAGGGGGAUCCUGGACCUCUGGCACCUAAAGGGGGCAAAUCCCGAAAGAAAAAAACCAAAGCAGCACAGAGAAGUCUUGAAGACACAGUGGAGGGACCCUUGUCUCCUCCACCACCUAUCGGUCCCGGCAAGACACCUGCCAGGCCGCGAAGGUCACGAAGAGGCCAUCCUGAGCAAAAUGGAGUGCAGCAGCCUGCAGAGGUCAGCCCUCAGCAUGCACCUGAAGAACCCCCAGUGCCUAAGAAAGGAAAAAAGAGGAGGGGGCCUCCUUCUGCACCCCCUUCGAGGGCCGUCAGUGCAGGCCAACGCAAGCCCCGAAAGAUUAAGGCUGACACCCCUGCCUCAGCCUCUUAGCAGGUAGCUUGCCUCGCUGACGUGGCUGUGUGGUCUAAUCCCGCACAUUUUAAUCAUAAUCCUUCCCCAUUCCUAUGCCCACAUGGAAAGUGUUCUAUUUUUAUAAACAAAUAAACCUGGAUUUUUGGGCA